AUGCAAAUUCUAUUAAAAAGCAUGGGAUUGUCGGUUUCAACUGGCAUGACGACCGGUGUUCUACCCGCCCUCUCCGCCCAGUGCCCAAAGUUGAAAGAACGAAUCCCUCGGAAAGGAAGGCAAAUUGGACGGAAACGGACUCAUCUUUGCCAAUAUCCAGGUUGCGACAAGAUCUACACGAAAAGCUCCCAUCUGAGGGCCCAUCAGCGGUUGCAUACCGGCGAGCGCCCCUACGUGUGCCAGUGGCCAGUGUGCCACUGCUCGUUUGCCCGAUCGGACGAGUUGACGCGGCACUACCGGAAGCACACCGGCGCCAAGCCGUUCAGAUGCCCGAGCUGUGGCCGAACAUUCGGACGGAGUGAUCAUCUCCAGCUCCACAUGAAGCGCCACCUGAAUUCCGGCGGCGAGCCGCCCGAAUUUAUCCAAUUU